GGUCAUGUCAUGGUUCAAACCUUAACUUUCUGCCCAUUGGCACAUCCGGCGCGAGUUACAACUGUUGCGCCUCACCGUCAUAAAUUUGUGGUGUUAUACUGACCUUAAGUUCUCUCCGGUAACAGCUGAUAGAACCAUAAAUGGAGAGUAGAAGUGGCAGUGGUGCUACACCAGCCGCAAAUUCUGUAACUCACUUGUCAAAAACUGUUUCAUAUAUAUGCGGAGAAUGUCGGGCUGAAAAUGAAAUUCGACCCAGAGAACUUGUUCGCUGUCUUGAGUGUGGACACAGAGUUUUAUACAAGAAACGGUCAAAACGAAUGAGUGUUUUCGAGGCUCGAUGAUGGCGAUUCAAUCCUUAUUGGAUUUCUGUUUAAUUUUGUAAAUAUUUUGCGAAAUAUAGAUGUGUUAUUUUGUGCAAUGAUCUCUUUAUUCUUUUUGAAGUUAACUAGUCUUAUGCAUACAAAGGGUGACUAUGUUCACUUCUACUUACCGGUUCCAUUCCUCUCUGCUGCAUAAUUUUAUUCGAUCAUUAUAUCAAUUAAUUGCACAAUUUAUUCAAGUGCGUUUGUAAAAACUUCACGAUCUUUCGCUGUACAAGUUAGGAAAGAACAC